GUGUACUCACUGUUUUGGCUCUGGAACCAAUCGUAUGACGCGCUUUCGUUUGUUAUUGAUAAUGAUGACAUGAAAAUAUUUGUUGUUACUGGAAGGAGAGCGUGUGAAGGAAGGGCCUGACAGACACACUCACCUUAAACGACACAUCAUAAUACAUCAUACCGGUCGAUCUCCAGGAAAUUUCGUUUCACGGGAGUCGCGGAGGAGCGAAUAGCGGCGAUGUCGGUGAACAUGGACGAACUGAGACAUCAAGUGAUGAUUAACCAAUUUGUUUUGACUGCGGGUUGUGCGGCGGAUCAGGCGAAGCAGCUUCUUCAGGCGGCGCACUGGCAGUUUGAGACGGCCCUGAGCUCCUUUUUCCAAGAGGCAAAUAUCCCCAGUCAUCACCACCAGAUGAUGUGUACUCCACGCAACACUCCGGCCACGCCACCCAACUUCCCAGACGCCAUCACCAUGUUCUCGAAGCUGCGGGCGUCUGAAUGCACAGGCGGCAGUGGCGGCGGAUCCUCUGCCCAGGUGUCCAUGACGUGUUCUCCGCCCCCUCACUCUCCCGCUCAGGGAUUUGGUUCUUUCUGGGCAGCGUCGCCCCCCAGCCACCAGCCCGUCUGGCUACCCCCGUCCUCGCCCACGGGCCACCACACACUCCAUCACCACCACCAUCACAUGCACCAGCUGCCCACAUGGCCGCCUGUCUCCCAGCCCAGCAACGGGCAGCAAACACCUGUCAUUUCAGCUCUGCAUGGCCAGAGAUGAGACUCUGAGGUUAGGGGUGAACCAGGGAGGGCCGAAAUUGUAAAUUGGGGCAUUGAUACACAGUUUAAUGGGGCAGAACGUGAUCUUGGGAAUUGAAAGACUGUGAAUAGCCAAGGGGAAAGACAUGGUACUCUUUCUUUCUGUGAACAAUCACUCUCUUGUUUUGGAGAUCCUGAUUUGUUCUUUUUAUCUAUUCUCAAUUUAAUUUCUGUCCAAGCCUGGGAAGAACCACUAUUAAAAAAAAGAUAUAAAGAUGUGGCGCAGCUUCAGAGGUCCAAUCUCUGAAGCCCAAUCUCGUUUUCUGCUUACAGCAGAAGAAAAGACACGGAGCCAGCUUUGCACAGACAGGAAGAUUUUGUGAGAGUUUGUACACGUGUAAGUGUGAGAUUGGACUGGUCUUCUGUUUUUCUGUACUCUGACUGUAUUCUCUAUAGCGCUGUGUCAGCAAAAAAACACUCGCAAUAAACGUCUGUCAAAUGAGAAGACUGAAUCUCAUAUCAUGGUGGUCAUGUUUUCCAUCCCAGUAUGCACCAGAAGGACUUUUCUGUAGAGAUAUUGUCAAUUGAAUUCUUAAUGAGACUAUUAUAUGAUGAUACAUCAAUGGGUGCAUGGUCUCAGACAUAGCUGAGAUAAGUUGAAUUGAUCCUGAAACAAUAACAAAACAAACAAAAAUCAAGUUGAAUUUGCUUUUGGAUCUUUUGGUCAAGAAAUAAGUGGAAAAGUUAUACAAAUUAUUGAAUGUGAAGAGUUUGCAAUAAUUCUGGGGAGAAUCAAAUGAGCCUAGCCAUCACAACACUGUCUAUUUCAUUUUGAUAUUUAGUAUGAAUGCAAAGUUUGGUUGUAUUUUCUUUUUUUUAUAAAUUCCCAACUGUCAAAUCAGGAAAGCAUUUUAUGUCUAAACUUUGUCAACCUAGUGUCAAGAUUGAACACUGCAAAAAGAAAAUCUUUCUUAAUCAGUAUUUUUUCAGAAACAGUAUGUUAGUCUUGUUUUCUAGUAAUUAUACUAACUGAACAUCCUUAAAACAAGAUCUUUAGAAUAACACAUUAUUCAUCUUUAGAUAAGAAUACAUCUUUCAGAGAAAGUUUCUGACCCCAUAUCAUGAAACCACAUACAUUUAGUUAGAUGUAUGCUUGGAAAAAGAAAUAAAGAAACAUUUCUUGUGGUUUAAGAAAAAUAAACUUGGCAAAAACUUUGAGAUAUGUUCUCUGAAAAAAAGUUUGAAUGCCUCAUGCAAUUUUGCGUCUUAUGUAAAUCUUGUUUUAAGUAAGUUGAGGUAUUUUUCUUGAAAAAUAAAGCAAAAAUACUGAUUAAGAUUUUUGCAGUGAUUUAAAUGUUGUUGUUUUUUACCCUAGAAAACCUAGAGUGCAAUCUUGUUUAAAUUGUAAAGCUAAUGAAUGGUCUAAUAUUUGGAGGUCACAAGCUCUAUUGAUCCACACAACCGGCAAAGUAAAGCUCAGCUCCACCUACCUCUGCUCCAGUCGUGGCCUGAUCGUACCUCUCAACGGCUGAAUGAGCUCUCUGUGUGAGCUGCAGCGAUGGAGGGCUCACAUACCUCAUGAUCAUUGUUGAAUGAGGUGUCUGAAACUGAUCAGACUUGGCUCAGACAUCUCAGGUGGAAGAGAACUGAUCUAGUACCAUUUAUUGGCAUUUGUGUCCUACUGAUGUAGUGGGAAGGCCGACCCCAGAUCAGAACAUUGAUUGCCAGUGAGAAUUUGAUGACAUGUUUCUUGUUUUAUUUUUGCAUGAUGUCACCUUUCCUUUCAUAAGUUCAUUGAAGACAAUCAAUGUUGCGGUCAUUCAGAUUAGUUGUGAUUCGGAAUGGACUUUAGUCAGGGUGGACCAAGUUUGAUUUGAAGCAAAUGAAAAUGAGGCUGUGAGGAAUAAAUGUACAGUCUGUUCAAUAUGUUGUACUUUUGUGUACCUUGGUGUCGGUUAUUAAGACCGUAUACCAUUUUAAAAUGUGUCCAAAAAAUUCAGUGGACAAAACUCAAAUUAUAACAAAAAAAAUGUAUGACAUGAAUCCCAUUAGCCCUCAUUCGUGUAACAUGAGUAAAAGUGUCAAAUUUGCACAAAUGCGUUUCAUGAAUAAGCUCUGUUGUUCAUAACAACCAUUGAUACAAACAUUCUUGCAUAAAUUGGCACAUUGAACUUCUACACUUGCAAAAUGAAUUUGUGUACAUUUCUUCGUAAAUCUAUCCUAUCAUUGUGGAUUUUGCGAACGCUUUAAUCAAAUUUGUUCUCUUUUUGUUUCAUGAGUGUGGCCUAUUGUUCAUAACAACCAAUCAUAAAGCCUUUCUUUAAAACAAUUGGCAGAUUGAAUAUAAAGAUGGGCAGAAUAAAUUUUGGUGUAAUUUUUACGUAAAACAUUCUUGCGGUAAUUGUUGCAUUGGAUUGAAUCACUUGUAAACAAUUUCGUUGUUUAAUUAUGUUUCAAUUGAAUGUGUCAAUUUGCGAAAGAAUGGUUUUACGAAGGAUUUACGAAGAUAUUCAUUCUACUAGUUUCAAUUGAAUGUGUCAAUUUGCGAAAGAAUGAUAGCACUUGUUCGAUUCGUUUCAGUUGAAUGCAUCAAUGUACAAAAGAUUGGUUUACGAAGGUUUUAAGCAGAUUUCUUUUUUACUCGUGUUUCAGUUGAAAGUGUCAAUUUAUGUAAGAAUGCUUUUAAGGAGGAUUUACACCUAAAUUUAUUCUGCUCAACCAUUCUUUUGUCAGAUUUUAUUAACUAUUUGCACACAAAAAAAUUCUUCUGCUCAUGUUUCGUGAAUGAGGCCCUUUGAACGGACUGUAUGUCUACUUCAAAGCUUUGUUUUAAUUCGUGCCAAAUGAAAUAAAACGUACUCUGACUAAGAUCCAUUGAAGAACGAUUUUGAGCAUUAGCCAUUUUCAUUUAACCAUGGACAGCAUCUGUUUUAUGCCCUCAAAAUGAAUCGAAAGCAUGUGAAAUGUGAAAAGAAUGCAGUUUUUGGAAAGUGUCAACAGAACGAGAUCGCAGGCCUUAAGUUGCAUCUGGUUUCUGUCGUUUAUCUUGUAGAAAGAAACUUGUUGGACUACAUAAGUGUUGUGGGCAUCUGGGAAGUAGGUCAUUUCCUUCUGGGAUUAAUUUGGUGUUGCGUUCUGCAUCGGUGCAAGAGCUGAGAAUCUGAACUGUCUAUGUAAUCUCACAAACGGCAAUUGCUCAACAUCUCCAACUGCCAGUUCCUUGAGGCAGGAACGGUGUCAAUUUUAUUCAGCUGUUGCUCUGUAAGGAUAGCAGGGCUUGGGCUGAAGUCCCAUGGCAACAGGGCUAAUACUCUCAAAUGUCAUUCUCUCGAGCUCUAGAAGGCAGAAGAUUGACUGUUUGAACAGUUGCAGUGUCAUCCAUCCCAGAUCAACAGUCUCACUCUAGAUGUAAGCCCAUAUGAUGUCACGGACACCAUUGGUGGAAGAUUAGACUCUUGGGCUUCUUGUUUGUUGUUUGUUGGCUUUGAUGAACAACAUACACAGUGAAUCAUUAAGAGGGAGGAGUGCUGACUGAUUCCUUCAUCAUCAAUAAUAAGACAUUCUUAGCAAACAGACUUUUGUAUUCAUUUCCCUCCUGUAUUUUCUGUUCUUUUCCCUUGUUGAGAUUUGUAUUUAUAUGUCUGACAAAAAAGCUAUGAUCUGAAACCAUUUUGGAGGUCAUUAUGCUUUUAUUAAGGUCAUAAUAAAUGAUUUAAUGGCUAGUGUGGUUUUGUUAUUGUCUUAAAAGUGCAAUCCCUUACCUUAGCAUACACUACCAACAUAAAGUCGAGAUAGAGUCUAGACUUUUGACUGGCAGUGUAACUCAUAAGUGUGGAUUACUUAAGCGGCAACAGCAACCCCCUUCCGAUAAACAAUGGUUUUUUAACUGUCUUGGUAUGUU